AUGCGGCUCCGUGCCCUCGCUCUCCUCGUCCUCGCAGCCUACACAGCGCCACUAUGCAUGGCACAGGCGUCCGCGGCGAGCCGGUUGCCGCGGCUCCGGAUCGCCCCGUACGAGAUCGAGGGCCCCAUCGGCCGCAACAUCGUCUCGUACUGCUUCCUGUCCCACAUGUCGGCCCCCGCCUAUCCACGCCCAACCCCCACCACGCGCGAAGCAGCGCAGGGGCUGCCCUGGUGGAUGCUGAGCUACCUGACGCUGGUGCGCUCGGCGCUGAUGCACUCCUGGGCGCUGCACAUCGACAGCGGAGGCAUCCGGCGGGCAGGCGGCACGGACGCGAAGAUCCAGGCCGCCGAGUUCGCCGAGUUCGUCGCCUCGCGCCCCCAGCGCGUGCUCUCCUUCCUCCAAGAGCUGGACCCGCUCACCGUUGUCGCCGUCGUGGACUGCCAUGACCUGGCGCUGCUGGGCACCCCGGAGGAGGCCCUGGCGCGCUUCCGUGCGGCCAAGUCGGACCUGGUGAUCGGAGGAGAGCGGUACGGGUGGCCGGAUGACAUCGACGUCGACGGCGGUGACAGGGGCGUGCUCCGGCUGCUAGGGGACAUUCUGAUGCCGCGCGCCAACCCGGGCGCGUCCCCGAACGCCAACGGGGGUACGCUCUUGGGGUACGCGGGGGCGCUGCGGCGGGCGCUGGGAUCGCUCGUCGCGGCGGAGCACGUCCUGCUGUCGCGCAGCAUGGUGCGCGGGGUCCCGAACAGGGAGGGGUACAAGGAGGACGACCAGCGCGGCCUGAACAACCUCGUUCUCCUGUCUGCUGCAUCACACGACGAAGUCAUAUCGAGGCACCUCGUCGACGACGCCGCGGCGGUGGUCGACGCGGUGCAGCGGAGCCUCGCAGAUGCGGGAAUUCCGCCGUUCCCCCGGACCGCUGGCAGCGAGAGGUCGCUCUCGGUGGACAGCAACAACACGAUCGUGUCCAACCUGAUCGACCAGAUGGGGCCCUGGUGGCGCGGCAACCGCCCAGUGGACUGCUGGCUCGUGGCGCGCGACAACGCCACCGACGCGGGGCGCCCGACGCCUGCGCUGCGCCACCACGCCCCGCCACCACCUGUCGACGUGCACGAGUGCCGUAACCGCCUCCGGCAGCUCGCGAACCUGCCGCCCGAGGACCUAUCAGACCCAGUGACGGCAGACUGGCUGGCGGAUUACGCCGGAGAGGUGGAGGGAGGGCACUUGCCGCCAAGCGCGCCGACGGGCGACCUCGGCCGGCUGGCCUUCAGUGGGGCAUCGGGGCGGCGGACGGGGUCGGAGAGCGUGUGGUGGGGCGGGCGGUGCUGGCACGGGGUGUCGGGCACGCGGCCCGUCAUCGUGCACGCCCCCGGGGUACAAAAGCUCGGAUUCAUGUACGUCGCCGCGCAGGCCGGCGUGCUGCUGCCGCCGCAGGCGCGCACGGUCGCAGCGCAGUGCAGCGGCGGCGGGGAGCGCCCGGGGCGCCGCGCGGGGUAUCUAUUUUUGGAGGGGGACCUGGCGGUGUUCCUGGCGCGCAUGGGGCAGUGCCGGCCGCAGAUGAGCGUCGGCGACCACGUGCGCCCGGAGCUCACGGACGUCGUCGACGGCCUGUGCGGCGACUUCGGCACGCGCCCCGCGUGA